CUGCCAAUCUGUCUGUUAUAUAUACCUACCUUGCCUAUCAAACAAUAUUCUCCCCUGACUCUUCAACACCAAAAGACAGCACUUACACACACACACACACACACACACAAUGGCCCGACGAACCAUCUACCUCGACGCCCUCAACGACGCCGCCCCCGGCAGCGACGCCGGCGACUCCAGCGCCAUCCUCACCUUCUUCAAGGGCGUCGUGCGCGAGGCCCAGGCGUGGAUCUCGCGCGGCGGGCCCGGCGUCAAGGCGCCUACAAUUGAGAAGCAGACCUUUUAGAAUACUCUCUCAUCCAAAGAGGCCGUCAUAUGAGGCUCCAUGAAUGAAGCAUUUCGUUUUGCUUCACAUGGAUGGAUGUAUGAUGAAUACAUAGCAGAAAGAAGAGAAAAAUAAAAACACAACAGAAAAAAAAAACAAAAGAUUGAUAUACCCAUCGACAAAAUAGCUGUUCGGCCACUUCUUCGGCACUGCUUCUCCCCCCUCCACCUUCGCACAAGCAAGCACGCCUUGUUCCAGUCUUGGUCUGUCAUGAC